CCUCAACAGUUUAGAAAUACAUUUUUCAUCCUCAGGGAAUCUAGAGAAUAAAUCAUCUGAAGUGGUAGUUUUUGGAGUAGUAUUUUAGUAGACAUAUAUUUAAUAUUUUGAACACAGAAUUUCUCAAAAUGCAGGAUAAAAGCAGUGCAGUUUCCUGUGUCACUGUCUCUCUAAAAGAACUGCAGAAGGUUUUGUAUGGAGGUAAGAGAUUUGGGAACCAUGUGGAUGAAGUUUGGCCAAGGCUCUACAUUGGGGACAUGUCAGUUGCUAACGACCGCUACAGACUGUGGAAGCUGGGAAUUACUCAUGUUGUGAAUGCAGCUCAUGGGAGGACAUACAGUCAGGGAAGUCGUGACUUUUAUGGAGCCACAGUGGAAUAUUAUGGAGUCCCUGCUGAUGACUCACCGAGUUUUGACCUUUCUCGCUAUUUCUUGCCAACUGCUGAGUAUAUUCACGACUCACUCAACACGAAUGGGGCUCGGGUGUUAGUGCACUGUGCAGUUGGAGUGAGCAGGUCUGCCUCGCUGGUGUUGGCUUACCUCAUAAUCUACCAUUCUUACACCCUGCUGGAUGCCAUCAAUAAGGUCAAAGAGUGCAGGUGGAUUUUCCCAAACAGUGGUUUUCUGAAGCAGCUGUGUGCUUUGGAUCUGAAACUACAAAAUACUCCUGCUAAUGGGACUUAAGACAUCGGUUUUCUUCAGGAUGAGUGAUGCUGUGCGUUUCUGCCUGCAGAGGUUGACACAAAGCUGGCCAGGGCCAGAAACAAACUAAGCUGCUGCAGGGCGCCUCCAGGCCAGCAGGGGUCCCCCAAGAACUCCUCAAUUCUCAUGCAGAUGUUUGAUAUUUGUUUUUCGAGAGUGAACGUUCCUUGUCAUUUGUCCUAAUGAUUUCAAAAUAGGAAAGCUGGUAAUCUAUAUUAUUAUUUUCAUUUUAGAAAUGUAAUUCCUUUAAGAUUAACAUGUGUUUAAAAACUUGCAACUUGUCAUCACACAACGGACAAACUUCAAGAUUAGUUCAGUUGUAAAUGAAUCUAACAAGUAAUUACAGGUUGUAAUUUCUGCGACACACGACUAAUUAAACCCGUUCCCUCUUGCUUGACUCCACUGAGUCUGCUUGAAACACAGAACAACAGAACAAAUGUGUUGGUCAGUGAAAUACUCUGCAGGAUAUGUCUGGCUUUCUGUCUGUUGUCAUUUACACGGGCUUUCUGAAAUGCAGACUACUGAUGAGGUGAAAAGCUGUGCUGUCUGUUGUUUUCAAGUCAGUCACAUCAGGGAGGAAGUGACUCAGGAUCAUCAAUGCUCUUCACCUGAGUAGUGCAGAAAAUGAAGCAACAAGAGGGAAAUCAGAAUUUGAUCAACUCAAAAAAAUGCAACCUCUUUACGAGGAGAUGAGAGAGGCCUGCACCCGAAACUACCACCCUCUCCAGGAGACCGGCAUUGAUGAGAAUGGUUGCCUCAAAAGCAAGGGUUAUAUUCAAGCAAAGAUAGAGGGCAAGAAUGUCUUCAGGGGCUUCAAUUUUUUUCUUUCAUACCUCCAGCUAUGGAUACACCUGGGACUUCUUUGUUUAUGAGGAGAAAACAGUACUAGAAAAUGACUCAGUCAUGACUCUUUGACAAGGUUUAUAAAAACAUCAUUGCUUGGCACAGGCUACAAAUAGUUUGAGGACAAUUUUUACACCAGUCCCAUCCUUUUCCAAGAUUUCCUAUAGCAGAGGAUCAUGGUGUGCUACCUUAAGUAAAAAGGCAAUGCCCUUACUCCUAGACCUCCUCAAGGCAGCAUUUGUUGGCUUCACUUCAGCUCACUCCUUUGUCCAGUACAUAGAUACCUGCAAUGUCUUCCUUUGCUCCAUCAUCUACACAACAGUGACACAGGAAAGUGAAGGACAGCAGUGGCCUCUGAACAAAGAACAUUCCAAUUCCUCUUUUCAUCAAAGAUUAUCUAAGUUCUUUGACAUACUCAGGUUCAAGGGAGGAGCAGAGGCAAAUCAAGAUCUCCACAAAAUCCAUAAGCGGCACAGAAUAUUUUUCUAGCACGUUUUGACGUUGCGGUAGUGAACGUCUUCCUUCUCUUCGAAAAGCUCUGCUCAGCUGACCAUUCAUGUGACGCUCUACCACGGGAAUAUCACAGACUUUUAAUGAGGUCAGUAACAUGAGCUCUAAACUAUUGUGUUGUAGGAACAUCUCAACCAGGGUCAGAUCCAUCAAGAUAUUCAUUGAUUCAAAAAUAUUUUAUCACACUUUAUACACACUUAACUCGCUUUAUUUUCCUCAAAAGAUUAAGAUUUUAGUAUUUGUGCUUCACUGAAGGGGGUAGAUUUUAUGUUGAAUGGGAAGUUUUUGCUGAAUUGUUGCUUUAUUACCUAAAGGUAGUGAAUUUGUGUGAUGGUGACCAUCAUUAAGCAACUUCUCUAGUUCCAGCCACAGUCUUUGAAUGUAGCUCAUUAUGAUUUAAGAAAUCUGACUAUUCAGCAAUUACCAAGAAAAACAUUUGAGUUGUCACGUUUUUGCUGGUUUUCACCAAAUAAGUUAGGCUUUCAUAAUGCUGUCAGCAGAUGGUGGUAUAGGCUUUAAUAAGCUUAGCUGUGACAGAAAACCAAAGUUCAUCAAGAAAGAAAACUAGAAAUUUUGUUACUUUAGUUUAAAGAUUGUGCAUCUAAUGGGAUAAUAAUGGCUAUACAGAGACUAUUUGUUGCAAAUUGAGCCAAAAAAUAAACAACCCAACAAAAGGUUGUAUCUAUUGUGCUUUAUGAAUA